AUGCGGGAUUCAAGCAUCGACUUCUCACACAGUCGAGCUUCAAAUCCCGCAUCCACAAACAACUAUUUAGAUUCUAAAACCAGUUUAAGUUCGAAGGUUUCGUCAAUAAUAAGCAGUUGUAGAAUAUGUCUGUCGUCUAUCUUCGACGCGGCAACUUUGACCUGCGGUCAUAAAUACUGUGAGCGAUGUCUGGACCAGUACUGGCGGGUUAAGGAGAAGCCUGAUUGCAUAGUUUGUCCUUUGUGUCGUACUUGCGCGUUCAACGUUGAUUUCUCAAAGACAGAAGGAAAUCCAUCGACAGAAGAUUUUCGUUCAUUAUUCACUCAGGACCUAGUGAAUGAGGCUGUAAGAAUUCGCGCCAUUUUAUGGAGUGUUAAAGUCACUGCUGUUAUGCCAGCUGUAUAUUAUCUACUUAAAUGGCUGAAACCUUACCUCAUUCAGUUAUUUACUUGCGUUCAUUUAAAGUUAGCAAACAAAUUGGAAAUUUAA